AUGACAGUGAGGUUGACGAAGGCACAAGAGAGGGAGGCAUGUGUGGAGUCAGUCAUGCCAUCACCAUCUCAGACAACUGAGGAUUCAUGGAGGUCCUCGAGAUCCAUUGAGAACGACACGAUCUGGGUUUCCAAGUCUAAUGAGAUUCUUCUGGAUCUUUGGAAACCAGUUGUCAGGUACGAGUUUUCUUAUCUCGUGACGACUUCAGCUAGUUUAGCAAUUAACAAUGGGAAUCUUGAACUUGUAGAUGGGAAAGAGAAAUCCACAUGGUCAAUUAAUAUUCCGGAGUCAUCAAAUAGUUCAGCUGCAGUUCUUUUAGACACUGGAAACUUCGUUGUUGCAGAUGAUAAAGGACAUCACUUAUGGGAGAGCUUUGAUUGUCCUGGUGGCACACUUCUACCAGAAAUGGCGCUGGGAUUUGAUAGUGAAUCAGGAAAGCGGAAUGUCUUGACUGCCUGGAAAAGCUUGAAUGAUCCAUCAAGAGGGUUAUUCUUGGUUGAAUUGGCACAAGAGAUCCCAGCUCAGGGAUUCAUUUGGAUUAACGGAUCAACUCCCUACUGGAGAAACGGUCCAUGGGAACUCUUGGCUUUAUGUCUUCGAAGUAUGCCAUGGACGGGAUAUUUUCUGAAAAAUCCGAUGUCUAUGGCUUGGUCUUGCUAUUGGAGAUUGUCGGCAGAAAGAAACCAGCUCCUUUUACAAGGAACAAAAGCUAGGUUUCCUAGCUUAUGCAAGGGAUUGGACUUUGUAGAUGAAGUAUUGGCAGAUUCAUAUUCGGCAUCAGAAGUGACAAGAUGCAUGGAUAUCGGGCUUCUUUGCGUGCAAAACAAUGCUGCAGAUAGGCCAACCAUUGCAGAUGUGGUUUUCAUGGUAAGGAGCGAGACAGAUCGUGUGCAACCUAAGCAGCCUACAUUCACCUUCCAAAACUCUCUGUCUGAUAUAACCAUGUUUGGUCUGCAAAUGAAGCCACUAUAUCACUUCUCGAAGGACGAUAAUAAAAGAGAACCUGCCCAGCUCGCUGAAUUGUCUAAAUAAAUAUCUUAAGAUUGUUGUAAGCGAAUGUUAGUGAAAAAUCUAGGAACAAACCAUACUUGUGGUUGGGAGAAUAUUUUUCUCACCACCCAUCGCUCAACCCUUUUUGUUUAAAGGCUUUUUAGUCAAAAUAGUCAUUGAGAUUUAUAUUACUCCUCACUUUGGUCCCUAAGAUUUCAAACUAAUAGAAGUGGUCGCUGAGAUUGUCCACCAGCCAU